CUGUUAGCAUUACUGGAAGUCCAUUAUCUUCAACAUUCCACCAUUCCUGCACCUGUUCGUUGCCAUCUAGGUUGACCCCCACUGUUGGUCGGUCUCCUAGGUCUUCGCGUCUGUCGCGAGGAGCGUCGUACUAUUGCUCAUAGUCCCGCUCCGGUCCUACAUUUUUUAAUUACAGGAUUAGUUGGUCACGUGCAGCGUCUUGAAGCACCCUGCGAUUUUAUUUUUUCUCGAUUUUAUUUUUCGUCUACUUCAACGAAGCUGCACUUCUGUCUUCGGAUAGGAACACUCCCGGACCUUUCUGCCAUGGCGUCAAGCUCGCAAGUCGACGUGUCUCAGAAGCUACGCGAGUCGGACGAUCUCUUGAAGCAAGGCGAUGCGAUUCUCGACGGCGGCGACAUCGAGACCGCCAUCCAACUCUUCGGCUCCGCGCUCGAAUCACGAGUCUCCGCGUUCGGCGAGCUCGGCGCGGAGUGCGCCGUGGCGUAUUUCAAGUACGGGUCCGCUCUCUUCGCUAAGGCGCAGCGCGACAUGGACGUGCUGGGACCUGCGGGGCAGAAGCUAGAGAAGGGAAAGGAGGAGGAGAAGGAGGAAGACGUGGAAGGGGAGGAGGACGAGGCGAGCAAGGCCAAAGGGAAAGGAAAAGGCAAAGUGGAAGAGACGGACGACGGGGCUGAGUCCCCCGACGCAGCCGACGCAGCCGACGAAGCCGGGGAGGAGGAUCUAGGGGAGGGCGAGGACGGGGAGGAGGAGGAGAGCGACCAGGAGCUGGCGUGGCGGCUGCUGGAGACGGCGCGGUGCAUCUACGCGAAGCGGGACACGCGGUCGCUGGAGGAGGUGGACGUGGUUACCACGCUCGCGGAUCUUAGUCUUGAGAAAGAGGACUUCGACGAGUGCAUGGAAGACUACCAGCACGCGCUGCAGCUGCUAGGGGUGCUCGUGUCGCCGCACCACCGCCGCGUCAUCGAGCUGUAUUUCAAGAUGGCUUUGGCUAAUCAGACCGGCAACCGCGCGGCUGAGGCGCUCCGCUGCUGCCGCCUGGCCAUUGACGCGUGUGAGGCGCGGAUUGGCCAGGCGCAGACCCUGCUAGAGGCGAGGCGGAAGCUGAAGGAGGAAGAGAAGGAGGGCGGAGAGAGCGUGUCUAGCGGGAAAGCAACUGGUAAAACAGAUGGCGGUGAUCAGAUUAGUGAUACUGCUGACAAGGCUGCUGGGGCUGCCACAGGAGAUGCUGCUGCUGAAAAUGCUGCUGCGUCUGAAGGUGCUGCUGUGUCUGAACGUGCUGCUGCAGGAGCAGAAGUUAAGAAGGGUGCGGCUCAAGCGGCUGGAGAAGAAGAAAAGGAAGGGGACGUGAAGAAAGCGGAGGGCGAGGCGGGGGCAGGUGUAGGCAGGAAGGGAGGAGAAGAGAAGGGGGAAGCUGGCAAGAGCGCGUUGGAUAAGGGCAAGGGCAAGGGCAAGGCGGAGGAGGGCAGGGCGAUGCCGUACGACUCGAUAGACGGGAGCAGCAGCGAGGAGGAUCUGUUGCAGGAGAUACAGGACGUGCGGCAGAUCGCCAGCGACCUCAAGGAGAAGGCGGAGGAGCUGCUGGAGAUGAUUCGCCUGCCGUCAGUGGAGGCCAUGCUCAGAGAGCAGCUCUCUGCUGCCUUCUCUGGCGCCGGCACUGCCUCCUCUGCUGCUGCUCGUUCCACCUCUCGCCCUUCCUCCUCUGCUGCUGCUGCUACGGCUGCCGCUGCUUCGUCAGGCCCUGCUGCAACUGCGUCUGCUCCGGCUGCUGCCGCUGCUGCUACUGCUGCUCCAGCCUUGGCGUCUGCUGCUGCACCAGCUGCUGCUGCUGCUGGUGGGUGCGGCAAGGCAGUGGAGGGCGAGCAACGAGGGCAGAAGCGCGCAGCAGAGGUGGUGGUGGUGGGCAGGGGAAAGAAGAGGGCCACGCCAGUGCCCAUUCCACCAGAGGAAGCUGCUGUGCUGUCAUGGCCCGGUGUUGCCAGCUGACGUGGUGCCAGCUCAGGUGGUGCCAGCUCAGGUGGUGCCGGCUCAGGUGGUGCCAGCUCAGGUGGUGCCUGCUGCUAUCUCGGUGUUGCUUGAUCAUGGGCGCAGCAGGCUUUGUUCUGGCACUGCAUAACAUGUGCGAUUGGAUAGGUUUUCCAAAUCUGUCAUGGUCUCUGUAACACACUUACUGAUUUGUUUUUGUGUCUGUUUUUUAACCCACUGAUUUUGCUUGAAAGCCACAG